AUGGCUCGUGGCGCUGGAAAGCGAGCCAACAGACCUGCCACCAGCUCGACCACCAGCACAAAGCCACCUACGAGCACUGCCUCCAAUCCUCCCGCCCCCUUUCAAUACGCCCCUACCUCACUCCGACCGUUCCUUGCCACCCUUCCCACGGAUCACAUAUACCUGGUUCACCUAGACCACACGCCGCCGAGUCUCAAGAAGCGCGUAUUCGCUGUCCCCGCCCUCCUCAAUGUGGCCAUUACGACCGCGCUCUGCUUCCGUCUCUACUACGCCGUGCCGGUUUACCUGGAACAAAUAAUAACGAUAUUUGGAUAUGACACUGCUUAUAAAAUUGACACAAAGACUGCAGGGGUGGGUGAGCUUAUGAAUGCCGUCAUUUCACGAACAGCCUUGCUCAUGCUCGACUAUGUCAUCUUUGGUUGGAUUGGAAGCUGGCCCCGAGAAUUUGUCUUUGGCAGCAGGCUGUUGAGAUCCGUGGGUCCGGUGGAAUGGAGGAUGACGAUGGGUUUCCGGGAUACGGAGAUUAUUGUUCGCAGAGGCCGGCUGUGGGAUACACCUUUGCUUCUUGGAGACAAGCCAGAUGAAGCAAAGACCUGGAAUUUGGACGACGAAUUGACCAUCAAAGUCAAAGUCGAUCCAGCCAUGCGGCAUGAGAUUCUUGAGAAGACCGGGUUUCUCCUCCUUGACAGGGAUUGGGAUCUCGACUACAAGGCAAUGCUGGACGCACACAGGCUAGUGGAGAAAGGAGUGAUUCAAUUAAAAGAACUGGAGAAUCUAGCUCUGGCAUAUCAUGAGAAGCAGUGGUUGGUCUGGAAAGUCCAUGAGACGACAGACCUUACCGCCAACGGACAACAGCAGGACAGCACCGUGGAGAGGUUCAGACGCAUUCUUACAGAUCUCGGUGCCCAAGCAGUCUUCUUCCGCUGGAUUGAGAUUGUCCAGUAUGAGACCUCGCAGCCUGGAGGCUUUACCCAAGGACGACAGGCUGAAGCGAUCCGCGAACUGAGGGCUCGCUUGGAGAAGAAAGGGGUGGAUUACGCCAAAUUCUGGGAGGAUAUCGGCGGACAGGCCGGUCUUCCUGGGUUCGAUGUACAAAACCAAUGA